CACAAACGACAAUGGAGGCGACGCCAUGGUCGCUCAAACACCCACGGUAUUCCCAGGACAGGUAAUUGCCCAAGUGACAGCCAGUUGAGAACAUCGCAACUUCCACAACCUACUUAACCAAGUCAACCCUGCGAAUCCCACACAGGGUGAAAAUGCCACGCUGGGGAGGGAUGGACAACUGCCCCAACCCGUGGCGGCCGGGUAACCCGGUCUACAGCCACGAUAUCGCGCCGUAUCUCCGGGUAAUGAAGAAGGAGCUCUCCUUCGAGAGCCGCAAAGAGCUAAUCAAGUGGCUUAGGUCGGAAGAGGUUCGCCCGUGCUGGCACGAGUUCAGGCGGGACUACCUUCAUCAUCACCAGAUGAUCCUCCGCGACGAGAAGCCAUGGGAGCCAUGCCCGAACUUCACCGAGGACUUCUUCUCUGUCGAGACUGGCGCGGUCAACAUCAUCCUGAACAGCCCCCUCAGUAUGGCCCGGCUCAGAAGGGACGCUAAGCGCGGCGACAAGAGCCAGUGGACCGUUGAAGCGCACGUGGCCUGGUUUGUAUCCAGGCUAUACCACCGCGCUUGGAACCAUGGCCGCGACUCCCUGAGCCGGGAUUCUAGGGAUCGGAAUCCGCUGCCGUUCUGGCAUCCCCGCUGCUUCGGCCAGAGACCUUCGCUCCUUACGGACGAACUGAAAGAGGUCUUGGUCUGUUUGGUGCUGAUCGACAUUCGGCAGCCAAACUGGAUUUAUAACGGUGAGGAUCCCGAUGACAUUGAUGACGAGGAAACCUACGGGGCCCAGUGGGCUUCGAUGCGUGACCUCGAGAGAGCGAGGGAGGGACGACGCUAAUGGUUAGGUAACUAGGACUUGUGCGAUUACCGGCCACUUAUGCAUCCGGUC